GCGAUGGUCAACUACGGAGGAGAUGAAGUAUCUGCUUUGGUUCUUGAUAUAGGCUCCUCAUCCGUACGCGCAGGGUACGCCGGGGAUGAUAUCCCCAAGGCCAUUAUCCCGUCGUUUUAUGGCUAUAAGGCGACCUCAGGGGAUGGCGACGUGCAGAUGAGCGAAAACGCACCAGAAAACUUCGAUUCAACCGCCAAACAAACCCCAAGUGACGCGAAACUUUACCUCGGGCAGAAUGGCCCUUCGAUCUGGAGAGAGGGUAUGGAAAUUGGGAACCCUAUACGGGAUGCGUUGAUUUUUGACUUUAAUCCAGUCCCUGCUUUGAUCUCGCAUGCCCUAGUCGACGUUAUGCGAGUCAAUCCUUCAGAACAUCCCAUCCUCGUGACCGAGCCAGCUUGGAACACACCCGCAAAUAGAGAAAGAAUGGCAGAGAUUAUGUUCGAGGAGUUCCAUGUUCCUGCCUUCUACAUCGCCAAUACUGGCGUUUUGAAUGCUUUUGCAGCAGGGAAGGGCUCAGCACUAGUGAUCGAUGUUGGGCAUGCAAUGGCCAGCAUUACUCCAGUAGUCGAUGGCUUCGUACUACGAAAAGGCCUGGUAUCGUCUGCGCUACCUAAACUCGUCCAAGCCCAUGCCAGACACAUCCUGAGCAACCCAACGCCAACACGUCGUGGAAUCGAACUUCUCCCCCAUCAACUUAUCGCCAACAAACUGCCUGUCGAGCCUGGUGCGCCACCAAGGUUUACCCUCCGUGAAGACCGUAUAUCUGGAACGACGGAAAGCUGGAGGGUUUGGUGCGAGAGUCGUGAAGUUGAAGAGUGGAUACAGAGCGUUGCUGGUGUUCUUGAUCAAGGAUGGAACGACCAAGCUGCAGCGUCUCGUUCACCACGCCAAUACGAGUUCCCGACAGGUUACAACACGUACUUCGGGCCGGAACGAUACCAAGUUGGCGAACAGUUUUUCUUCCACUCACCACAGCUAGUGGCGCAAAAUCCAAAUCUCCCAAAGAACAUUCCUACCUUACUUUCAGAGUCCCUGCGAGCCUGUGAUCCGGAUCUGCGGCAAGUUCUCAUGGGAAAUGUGGUUCUCACUGGCGGAGGCAGCCUGUUCCCUGGUUUCGCUGAUCGAUUGGAGGCAGAGCUAUCAAGGAAUUUCCCCCAUGUCAAGAUUCAUGCUCCUGGAAAUCCCAUCGAGCGGAGGUAUGGUGGUUGGCUAGGAGGAAGCAUUCUAGCGAGUCUUGGCACUUUCCAUCAGCUGUGGAUUAGUAGAGAAGAAUGGCAGGAACAUGGUAAGCCUAUUGUGGGGCAGAGGUGUAAAUAGGCGCGUCCUAUUGGGAGAGUUUGCUGCUGGUAGGGUACAUUGUGGCUGCGGAAAUGCAGCUACUUCAAGUUAGCCUAUACUGCGGACCUCGUCUUUGUCCUAAAAUGUAUGGUAGGCUGUUGUUGCAGAAACCGCAUGUCCACUGCCGCAGAAAUGUCGUGAUUAUAUCCUUGAGUGGAGGUCAAGUGGGGCCGGGUUGCCACCCUUUUUCAUUUCCUAUAUGCUGUACGCUCCAUGACAAAGUUCCCUGGCGCUAGUCAAGACACAAGCUUGGACUUGUGAAAUGUAUAAGUACACGUAUUAUCUUCACUAUUAUGCUUAGACUCGACGUUGCUUGAGCUAGGUUCCUGACGGAGCAGAAGCUGAUAUCCCUCGAGAUUCACUCAGACCCA